UGUGCUUGGUUUCAACAUAACUUUCAAUGUAACUUCAACACCAGGAGACCAAGGCGAUAAAUGGCCAGGACAUUAAACUGAGGCUCAAGCUGAGCAGUAAGGAUCACACCAAUAAGGUGUUGUCUGUCCGUGUCAACGCUCAGGCCAUGAGGUACAACGGCAAUCCAGCGGACAACAUCCUGAACAAAGUGCAGCACGUGACACUUCUGUCUGGACAAGAUGUGGCCAUACCUAUCCAGAUCCCCUUUGCAGAUUACAGUAAAUAUAUGGUGAACUGCGACAGCAUAAAGGUUUCAGCAGUGGCCAGUGACAGUGAUGAAUACUACCAGACUGAGACCAACAUCACCCUAGAGCAACCAGUCAUCUCCAUGAAGGUUUUGUAUCCAGUCCAUGUGAACCAUGAAAUGACAUUGGAGGUGGAAUUUAAAAACCCGCUCAAUGAGAGGCUGAGGAACUGCUCCCUGACAGUCAUUGGAUGUGGCCUUUUUAAAUCAGACUAUAUACAAAGUGACCUGGGUGAGGUAGAGCCAAAGGCCACACUGAAGCUCAAGAUUACCACGACUCCCUACAGAGCUGGACUGAAGACCGUGGUUGCUGACUUCGACUGCAGCAGCUUCAGAGACAUAAAGAGCUCCUGCAUCGUUGACGUUAAACCAUGAAGCUCUGGUUUCAUUUACAGCUCCCUCUGUGUUUCUGUUUCUUUAUUUAGUUUAAACUGGGAUAGAUUAAUCUACUACACCUUGUUAUAACUAUCAUCCACAGUAACGUUACUAUCCAUAGUCAAGGUUUUGUUUGUUUUUUUCCCCACUGGCUGAGAUAUAAUCAAGUAGAUUUUUUAUUUCAAAGAUGCAAACUGCCCAACAUUUUCGGGGAUAUGCUUUGGGACUAACAGUUACCAUAAUUAAUAAUUAAUGAGUAAUGUAAUCAUUUUAAUAAAAGAAGAGGGAGAAAACCGAUUUCCUGAUAUUGCUUUGUAGCUUUUCUCUGUUUGUGCAUUAAUUAUUAUUGGGUUUAAAUGAUUGUGGGAAAAUUAUGAAGCUGUAUUUUAUGACAAGUUCUAAAUAUAUAGCUCAUCUCUUAUACAAAUUUGAGUAACAGUGAUGGACCACCUCCUCCCCAUCUCCUG